AUGGCAUUGAAACUGACUCCACGAGCAACAUCUAUUUUCAACACCAAUCCAACCUGGCAGCUCUACCGCUCUUCACACCGAGUCAGCUCCUUGUAUCAUAUCCAAAAUCUCGAGUCACUCCGAAAUUUCUCAACUUCGCGUCGCCAGGAAAUGCGUAUCGCGACGCUGCAGUUCGCCCCCAAGUUGGGCGACGUUGAGGGAAAUAUCCAGCGUGCCAACGAAAUCUUGAACCGUGGAAAAGUUAUUUCCUUGAGUUCUGAUGACACUUUGAAUUCUACAUCUGGCUUGACGGCUGCCAUUGAGAUUGAAAAAUUAAAACCUGAUAUUUUGGUUUUGCCUGAAUUGGCAUUGACAGGAUACAACUUCCCCUCAUUGGAAGCCAUAAAACCAUAUCUUGAACCCGCAGGCACAGGCCGCAGCGCCACCUGGGCGCGCGACACAGCCAAGCGCCUAAACUGCAAAGUCUGUAUCGGGUACCCAGAGAUCGAAAGUGGAAAUGGCACAAAGCCAACUCAGUACUACAAUUCCCUUCUUGUAGUUGACGAGCACGGCGAGGUCAUCCACAACUACCGCAAAUGCUUUCUGUAUUACACAGAUGAGACGUGGGCCGCAGAGGGCAAUGUGGAGCGGGGGUUCCACGAGCUUGAGUUCCACUCGCGGGAUUAUGCACAGCGGGUAUCCGGGGAUCUCGUGGGCGAUAAUGAUACCCACCGAGGUGCAGAUGUGGGUGGCGAUAAAGAUAGAGGCGACGGUGAUGUGGGUAUGGAUGUAGGAUCAGGAUCGGAAACAAAGUCAGGAUCCGCCUCACCCAGCCAAAAAGUGGCAACAUCAUUUGGAAUAUGUAUGGAUAUCAACCCGUACAAAUUCGAAGCGCCCUACACAGCCUACGAAUUUGCCUCGCGCGUUCUGGACUCGCAGACCCAGCUGGUUAUUCUCUCUAUGGCUUGGUUGGGCCUGGAUAGUCGUGAGGCCAUGUCUGCAUUAAAGGGGGAACCAGAUAUGGAUACAUUUAGCUACUGGCUACAGCGGUUCAUGCCGCUCUUGGAGAAAAAGAUGCAGCAUGCACGAAAUAUGGAUGAUGAUGCGGAGAAUGACAGGGCUCCCAAACAGGUUGUGAUCGUCUUUGCCAAUCGAGCCGGGGAGGAGCCAGGGACAGAUGAUACCAAGCCACCGGCGCUGUAUGCGGGGACCAGCGCCGUUGUUGCAGUGACGCAACGGGCCGGGUCGGGGUCACGGGAGGGAGCACAGGUAGAGAGUUCGAUGGAGGUGAAGAUCCUCUGUUGGGAUCUGCUUGGGGCGCAGGAGGAAGGGAUUUGUUUCGCGGAUAGCACGGCAGAUCCGAAAAUGGUGUUUGGGCUUCGUCGUGCGAAGUGA